GGUGGUUGCUCAAUGACUACUGUUACACGGAAAGAGCUACAAUGGUGAUUUUUAAAAUGCGUAAGACUUCUGAUGUAUAAAGGUCAUGUGACAUUCAAAGGGUUGAAUCAUGGCUACUGCAAACAGUCCCUACAGUUCAGAAGGCACAACAAAUGUAAACAGGGUUUGUCGUCUUCUGCUUGGACCCUGUGCCGAUCAGCUGAGAGAUGUUCUUCGCAAAGAGGUUCCACCACUUACUUUUGCUCCUGUAGCCAUGAAACAGAAGCAAAAUCUAACAAGAUUAACUCCCCAACAAAGAGACCUAAUUUUGCCCCACAAUGGGUACUACACUGGAAAUUAUGACGAAUUUGACAUUUCCUUGUUGUAUACUCUUUUAAGGAACAUAUGUAAUAUUACACCGCACAAAAAUGGUUGGGGUAAUGACCCAGAUUUAUAUGAUCAAAGUCUUUCUGCAAAUAUUGAAAGAAUACGGAUAGCCCGAAAUACGACUGCUCACUCUGCAAAACUAUCUCUAACAAACCUUGAAUUUACGGAUAUCUGGAAUUCUGUUCGAGGUGCAGUAUUAGAAAUGGAUGCAAUCCUUUCGAAUGGAAAUCAUUUUCAGAAGGAAGUUGAUGUUUUGAGAUAUAUAUCAAUGGAUCCCGUCCAGGAAAAGUAUUACAGAGACCAAAUAGCCAAACAAUAUGCUGAUGAUCAAGAUACUAAAAAAUCCAUUCGGAUACUUGAGAAAAACUUGGAACUUAAUCAGAGAGAAACAGCCAGCAAGAUAAAUCACCUCUCGGUACGGUGGGCCAAAACAUACUUAUGGGAGAUUCAACUACAAGGAAACAAACAACAGCAACAACAACAACAACCCUUUUUUAGGGAGAAGCAAGGGCAGGAAGCCAAUGUCAAACAAAAAAUAGACCAAUCCCUGCCCGCAGUGGAAACAACCAGAUUAGAUCAUUGUGUAAGUAGUUAUAGUAGUGAAGAUAAAUUCACAGAAAAUGCUUUGUUUGAACGUCCAGUUGAUGUGAACAAUUUACUAAAUGUUCCUGAAAAUUUUAAAGGAGGAAAGAUCAGUGAGUUUUAUGAAAACUGGAAAUGUAUAACCUCUGACAAGUGGAUAUUAGACACUGUUUUAGGAUAUAAAAUUGAAUUUGAUACCAUGCCUCAACAAAAUAGAGCUAAACCUGAAAUUAGAUUUAGUGAUGAAGAAACUCAACUUGUAAAUGAAGAAAUUUUGAAAUUAGAAAAACAAAAUGUGUAUUCUACAACAAAUCCUACAGAAGAUAGAAAUGGAUCAAGCAGAGGUAGUGUUGAUAGCACCCCUAUUUUCGAAUCAGUGCUGGUUCCCAAAGUUACUGAAACUGGUGGUAGUUCAGUGUUACAUCAUCCCAAAGAGGAAAGAUACAUUAAUUAUGCCGACAGAUGUUGCACGUCUUCAUCCUCUGAGCAAAAUGAAGGUACAUUAGAAGAAAAACUGAGCAUAUCUUCUCUAAGACAAAAGGAAUUUCAGAAUGAAUUAAAAAGAGAUUUACAGAGGCACAAAUCAAUAAGCAUACCGGAAAACGUCAGAGAUCAACAUAGAAAAAUAUUGGAUUCUUGGAAGAAAGGAGUCUUUUUUGAAACUUCCUCAUAUGGAGACAUGAAAGACUUUUUUAUAUCCCAUCAAAUUGUUGCUGUGGUUGGGCCUCCUGGGUCUGGAAAAACGGCUUUGAUCCGCCACGUCGCUUUACAGCUGGAGUCCGAGUAUCAGAUUGUUCCAAUCUCCAAACCUGAGGAAAUCAUCAACUAUGGUGACCUAAACAGACCACAAAUAUUUGUCAUAGACGAUGUAUUAGGUGUAUUUACUUUAGAAAGAAAUUUGUUGUCAGAUUUAGAAAGACAUAGUAAACAAAUCGAAAAUGUUCUUAACAGAAAUUCAAAAUUUCUUAUGUCCUGUAGAUUGGCAGUAUACAAUGAGGCAAAGGUAUUAGAUGUAGUGUUUCUUGAAGUUGAUAAAAUCUUGAAUUUGAAUGAAAAGAACAUUCUUACUUCGGAAGAUCAAAAAGGUAUAUUUGAAUCUCACAUGAACAAUGCAGGGAUUUCAUGUGAAAUAGAUUUAAAACUUUUGCACAGAGAGGACGUCUUCAUGUUUCCACUUCUUUGUCAAAUGUUUAGCAGUGACGAAAGCGUUAGAAAAUAUGGAAAAGAGUUUUUUACCCGUCCAUCCGAGUGCUUGCAAUCAGAAAUAAAUAAGAUUCAGAAGAGAAAUAAAAUACAAUAUUUAUCAAUUGUUCUCUGCAUGCUUAACAAUAAUUGCCUAUCUGAAGAAAUGCUUAGUAAAAGCAAAAUGUUCCAAGAAGUAUGCAGAUCCUGUAAAAUUAAGGAAAACACUGAAAAUUGGGAAAUAAUUAAGGAAUUGUCACACUUAAUAGACACCUACAUUACAAAGGAUCAUGAAAGAUAUACAUUUAUCCAUGAUUCAAUAUUUGAAGUUGUUGCAUAUCAAUAUGGCCAACAGUAUCCUGACCAAAUUUUGGACCAUAUGAACAGUAAUUUUAUUGCAAACAAAGUUGUUUUAGACACCAAAGAAGAUACAUGUAUUGACGCUAAAUGCAUCAAAUUAAACAAGUCCCAGUAUGAUAAACUUGCAAAAAGAUUGUAUGUUGAUGUUAAAGCUGGGAAACUACACGAUGUCUUUUUAAAUAAGGCACUGAGGGACCGUGUCUUUAAACAAAAGUUCAUGGACAUUUUGAAAAAAGUGCCAUAUGAAGAUGUCAAAACUGUUUUCUUAUUACCUAGGAAAGAAAGUUUUAAUAAUGUAGUUUAUGACUCACAGAAAGAAAGUGAAAAAGAAAUCGACGAAACAGAAGGACAGAGAGAGUCUGAAAGACAAAAUCUUCUCCUCGGCCUAAAAUGCAUUGAUCAAAAGAAAAUUUAUGAAAUACGUGCUCUUAGUUUCAUAGUCUAUUACGGUCACCUCGAUUUGCUCAAAUAUUUUAUAAAAUUGGUGGGAACAUGUCAGACAUCAGAUAUCAUUUUUGGAACUACACCCGAAGAACAAGUAAAACUUCUUGUUUUGGCGUGUUUCAAUGGAAAUUUAGAUAUGGUGAAAAUUCUGGUAGAAAACAUUGGAAAGAAAAAUAUCAAUUUAAUGCCUGUAGGAGAUGUCAAACCAUCGCACAAUAAACAUCGAUACAUAACUCCAGUGAUUGCUGCUUGCUUGAGAAAGAAACAUGACGUUGUAAAGUAUUUAGUUGAUAUUGGAGCAGAUUUAAAUCCUCAAAAAAGUUUUUACCCUGCUUUAUGGACACCAGCUAGAACCGGAGAUCUCAGAACAGUAAUAGACUUACUUGAACUUGGUGCUGAUUGUAACAGAUGUAAUGGAAGGGAAAUUUCUCCUUUGUAUAUGGCGUCAAGAUUCGGUCAUUUGGAAGUCGUUAAAAAACUAAUUGAGCACGGUGCCGACAUUAACAAGUGUGAUAUAAAAGGUUGGUCAUCUUUGCAUAUAGCAUCCCUAUAUGGCCAUUCACUGGUCUUAGAAACAUUAAUUCGAAACGGUGCUGAAUGUGACCGAUGCGAUAAGAAUAAAGUAACGCCUCUACAUAGAGCGUCGUUGGAAGGUCAUGUUCCUGUUGUAGAAAUUUUAUUGAAAAAUGAUGCAGACAUCAACAAGUGUGAAAUUCAUGGUACAUCAUCUUUGCAUCUAGCUUCAUUAAAUGGGCAUUUGUCCGUUGUACAGACAUUACUUUUGCACGGUGCAGAAUGUGAUCGAUGCGAUGGAGAAAAUUUAACACCCCUUCAUUUUGCUUCAUUUGGAGGAUUUGUUCUUGUUAUAGAAAAAUUAAUAGAACAUGGUGCUGACGUCCACAAAUGUAACAGUAAUGGUCGGUCUUCUUUGCAUUUAGCAGCACAAAAUGGUCAAUUACCAGUCGUAGAAAAAUUAAUUUUGCACGGUGCUAAAUGUGAUCAAUUCGAUAUAAAUGAAUCAACUCCGAUGCAUUUUGCAUCCGAAGAAGGCCAUCUUCCUGUUGUAGAAAAACUUAUUGAACAGUGUGCUGAUGUCAAUGUUUGUAAUAUUUACGGUCAGUCAUCUCUGCAUUUAGCAUCAAAACGUGGUCACUUGAAUAUAGUAGAAACAUUAGUUCGACACGGUGCUAAAUGUGAUCAGUGCGAUGAAAAUAAGUUAACACCUCUACAUAAAGCGUCUUUUGGGGGUCAUGGUCCCGUUGUAGAAAAAAUUAUUGAAAGUGGUGCCGACAUUAACAAGUGUGAUAAUAAUGGUUCGUCACCUCUGCUUUUAGCGAUAUGGGGAGGCCAUCUUCCAGUUGUAGAAAAACUUAUUGAACACGGUGCAGACACCAAUACCUGCUAUAUAAAUGGUUGGACACCUCUCCUUUUAGCGUCAUGGGAAGGCCAUGUUUUAAUUGUAGACAAACUUAUUGAACACGGUGUCGAUAUCAACAAGUGUUAUAAUAAUGGUUGGUCACCCCUCCUUUUAUCGUCAUGGAAAGGUCAUUUUUCAGUUGUAGAAAGACUUAUUAUGCACGGUGCCGACAUCAACAACUUCUAUAUUAAUGGUUGGUCACCUCUAUCAUUAGCGUCUUGGAAAGGUCAUCUUUCAGUUGUAGAAAAACUCAUUGAGCACGGAGCUGACAUCAACAAAUGUGAUGUCAAUAGUCAGUCAUCAAAGGAUAGUCAGACAUCCGUUGUUGAAACAAACGUUGAAGUACCUUCAAUGGGUCAUGUCCUAUGUGUAGAAAAAUUGAAGGAAAACGGUACCAACAUCAACAAGUGUGAUAAUAAUGGUUCGUUACCUCUGCUUUUAGCGAUACAGGAAUGUCAUCUUUCAGUUAUAGAAAAGCUUGUAGAAUACGGUGCAGACGUCAAUAAGUGUAAUAAAAAUGAAUGGUCACCUUUACUUUUGUCGUCAUGGAAAGGCCAAUAUCCAGUUGUAGAAAAACUUAUUAUACAUGGUGCUGACAUCAACAAUUGCUAUAUUAAUGGCUGGUCACCUCUAUCUUUAGCCUCAUGGAAAGGUCAUCUUUCUGUUGUAGAAAAACUUAUUGAGCACGGAGCUGACAUCAACAAAUACGAUAUUAAUGGUCAGUUAUCUCUGAAUUUAGCGUCAAAGAAUGGACAUUUUUCUGUGGUGGAAACAUUGAUGCGGCAUGGUGCUAAAUGA